AUGGUCGACGGCGUGAAUGCGCAGCUGGCGCAGCAGAACGCGCGUCUGGAGACGCGCUUCGAGGCCAUCGGCGAGACGCUGCGUGGCCUGAACGCGAGCAUCGCGUCCCUGGCCGCCGCCAGCUCGGCGCUGGGCCCCGCCGGCAACGGGACCCUGCCGCGCCUGGGGCCGGCAGCGGGAGAAGGCCCUGCGCCCUGGGGCGACGGCCCCCCGCCGCCCCUGCUGCAGGACCGCACGCACGCAGGUGCGGGCCCGGCCGCCGGGGCGCCGCAGCGCAUCGCUGCCUGGCCCGCGCCCGGCGCCCGGGACGCCGGCUUGUCCGCCUCGCCGCCGCCGCUGCCUGUCGAGCCCCCCCACUCCGUGCCGGGCGACCGGCCUGCGCAGGACGAGGCGGAGGGGGCGAGGUGCGGGACCCCCGCCAAGGUCACGCUCCUGCUGCCGUCGGCGCCCGUGGACCCCUGCCUGGGCGCGGAGCAGGCGGGGGCGGCCCUGCCGCCGAGCACCGUGCACCUGACCGCGACGCCGUCCCGGGGCCCCCGCGUCUCGCAGCGCGACCCGCGCCUGGCCGCACUGGCCACGCCCGCCGAGCAGGGCCCCGCCUCCCCCCGCCACCGGGAGGAGGAGCGGAGGGGCACCCCCAGCCGCUCCGGCCACUCGUCGCGUGCGCCGCGCGAGUCGCGCCACCCGGAGGACCACCCGCCCUCACCCGACAACUACGACCACUCCUGGGAGCAGAGCCAGCCGGCAAAGCAGGCGCUGCCCCCGGCCAGGCUGCCCUACUCUCUGGGCAGCGCCGAGACAGAUGCCGAGAUGACGUACGAGGAGGUGGCGGAGGCGGCGGAGGCUGCGCUGGGCUGCCCCGCCUGCCAGGUGGCCCUGGGCAGCUACCGCGCAUGGCUGGUGCACCAGCGCGACCCGGCGCACAAGCUCAAGUCCAUGGCGGUGCACUGCGCGUACCGCGGCACCGGCUCCGUCACCGUGCGCGGCGACCGGCGGCCGGCGGAGGGGCCGCCCAGCGUGGAGCAGACCAGCGAGGACAGGAAGCUGGUGUACGCCUGCCUGGCCUGCCGGCGGGUGAUGGGCGCGGCCGACCUGCUGCACCACUUCCUGUCGGGGCAGCACGAGCGGGAGUGCGAGGCGCAGCUGGCGGGCCUCGCGGGGGGGGGGCGACCAUGGCGCUCGGCACGCGCCUCGCCGGCUGAUGACUUUCUUGCCAGGGACCUGGGAAGUCGGUUUCAAGUUUGUGGACGUGAGAGUGAGCGCCCAAUCUCGGCCAAGCGCUCCCUCUCGCACUCACUCGCGCCUUCGGCAGCUGCUCGCACCUCGGCCAAACGCAGCAGGCCUGACCGCAUUCGACUUGCCUCACCCAUGCACCCCAUUCUACCUUCAUGCCAGAGUUUUGCUUAG